UCUUGUUUGUUUGUUCAUAAAAAAAGAUUAAAAAAAAAAACUGGGGUUUCUGUUUAGCCGAACUGAAAUUGUAUCUACAGUCAACUGGUUGAAAAUAAUCUUUAGCGGAACUGGAAUUGGUUUUGCACGAGAGUGAGAAUCGAGGAAAGAGAAAAUGGUGAAUCCAAUCCCGGAUUCUGUAAGAGAAGUAUGGAACAAAUGGAAUGUGAGAGGAGUCGUCUUGUUUAGCCUUUCAUUACAGGCUUUUCUGAUCUUGUUCGCUCCAUUUAGAAAAACCACAGCGAGAAAAUUACUCAUCUUGCUCAUCUGGUCAGCUUACCUGCUAGCCGAUUGGGCCGCCAACUUCGCGGUGGGUCUCAUCUCUCAAUCUCGAGAAAGUAAUUCUUCAGACUCUUCAGCCCAAGACAACCCUAAUCUCUUAGUUUUCUGGGCUCCCUUUCUCUUGGUACAUCUCGGUGGUCCAGACACUAUCACAGCUUUUGCUCUGGAAGAUAAUGAGCUCUGGUUGCGUCACCUCCUCAGUCUCAUCUUCCAGGCUAUUGCUACUGGGUAUGUCUUCAUGCAGACAAUUCCAGAUAACAAGCUAUGGGUUCCAACAACAAUCAUGUUCGUCGUUGGAAUCAUCAAAUAUGUGGAGCGCACCCGUGCUCUGUAUCUUGCAAGCUUGGACCAGUUCCGUGACUCCAUGCUUAAAAACCCAGAUCCUGGACCAAACUAUGCCAAACUCAUGGAAGAGUACGCUUCAAAGAGAGACGCUAAGCUUCCAACAAAGAUUAUAAUGAUACCAGAGCCUGAUAAAGAAUCAAAACCUUCCCGCACUGCUGUUAAGAAAGGAAAGUUGACCGAUCUUGAGGUUGUUCAGUAUGCUCAUGAAUAUUACCAAACCUUCAAGGGUCUCAUUGUUGAUCUCAUUUUUAGCUUCCGGGAGAGGGAUGAGACCCGGGAGUUUUUCUACGAAAGAGAUUCAUUAGAUGCUUUGAAGGUGAUAGAGGUGGAACUUAACUUCAUUUAUGAAGCUCUUUACACCAAGGUUGAAGUUAUGCAUUCUAAGAGAGGAGUCAUCUUUCGGUUUAUAGCCUUUGGUGCACUUGCAGUAGCUCUGGGUUUAUUCCAUUUCGAGAUCAGAAAGACGGGUCGAUUUGAGCCUUUUGAUGUUCGAGUCACCUACACCCUACUCCUCGGUGGCUUAUCUCUAGAUGUGAUAGCUUUCCUCAUGUUCAUUUUCUCGGAUUGGACAUUCGCCACCCUCAUCAACAUGUCUGAUCAAGAAUCUGAUACUCAAAAUAUGAGCAGGAGGCCUGAACAAGAACCUACAGUCCAAGAAUCAGCUGGCACCCAAAAGAAAUCCUUCCUCAAGUCUUUCGUCUCCAGCAUUCUCAGUAUAAAAAAGCCAAGAUGGUAUGAAUACGAAACUGAAUUUGGGCCUGAAACUAAGGUCAAGCACCAUGUACUGAUUACCCCCAUUCUACUUCGAAGGUGGUCUAGAACUAUAUCUGUUCACAACUUGAUUGGAUACUGCCUAAAAAAGCGACCCAGCAAGAUAUAUCAAGUCAAGAGCUGGUCCCGUCUCAUCCUGGAAAAUCUCAUUAGUUUCUGUGGCAUUCAUCUUGUCAUCAACAAGAUCAGUGAGCUAAUAAAUACCGUUAUAGCUACCGUUGUCUUCUGUAAGGACUACAUUGUCAGGAAUCUGGGGAGCAACAAAGAAAUUCAAGUUCUGCUCUUUCCCAUCCAGAAGGUGAUGGGAGUUUUGGGUUUUCUCUGGAACAUAACAUGUAAAGUUUUUGGUUGGAUUGGUAGUUUUCUCCUGGAAUUUUUCGGGCUGGAAGAUUUAAUAGAUGAAAUAAGGUUCUUAUCCCACGAGCCAUUCACAAAAGAACUCUGGGAUUUGAUAUUUACAGAGGUUAGAAGAAAAUCCGAAAUCGCAAAUGACCCAGAAACCGUAAAGAGGAUAUCUUCGGCGAGAGGUGAGUGGUUUCUGCAAGACAGGUAUUUAAGAGUAGAUCGAAACAAGCUGAUGGAUUACGUGGUGAAUGUUGACUAUGAUCAGAGCCUUCUCUUAUGGCAUAUAGCCACCGAGCUCUGUUACCAGACAGAACCAGAGACAGCAGAAAAUUGCAUCAACAGGAAACUCAGUAAGAUGCUAUCAGAUUACAUGUUGUACCUUCUAAUAAUGCAACCGACGAUGAUGUCUGCAGUGGCUGGAAUCGGGAAAAUAAGAUUCCGGGACACCUGCGCGGAAGCAGUAAGGUUUUUCAAGAGGAGACAUCUGGAACAGGACACAGUGAAGAAUGCUUGUAGGAACAUUCUUUCAGUGAAUACAUAUGUAAAACCUAUAGAGGUGAAGGGGGAUAGAAGCAAAUCAGUGUUGUUUGAUGGAAGCAUGUUGGCGAAUGAACUGAAAAGAUUGGAGGAUGAUGAGAAAGAAGACAAAUGGGAGAUAAUAAGUAAAGUUUGGGUAGAAUUAAUUUCAUAUGCUGCAAGUCAUUGUGAUGCAAAGACUCAUGCCCAGCAAGUGACUAAAGGGGGAGAGGUGAUUUCUUUUGUUUGGUUGUUGAUGGCUCAUUUUGGUCUUGGAGAACAAUUCCAGAUCAAUGAAGGCCAUGCAAGAGCAAAACUGAUUGUGGGUAAAUGACUCCAUUCAUCUUUUUCUUUUUAGAUGAAUAUUUGUGUAGGAAGUUGGACUCUUAAAGAGGAAACUUUGUUGCUUAAUCCACCCUGCAGCUUCAAUUCA